AUGGUAAUUGUGGGUGGCUUAACAGGGUUGGCUGUUUCAGGCUUUGCUGUUGUUACUGCAGGUUUAGCUGUUGUUGCUACAGGUUUGGCUGUUGUUGCUGCUGGUUUGGUUGUUGUCUUGGCUGUUGUUGCUGCAGGUUUUACUGUUGUUGCUGCAGGUUUAACUGUGGUUACUGCAGGUUUUGCAGUUGCUACUGCAGGCUUGGCUGUUGUUGCUGCAGGUUUUGCAGUGGUUGCUGCAGGUUUUGCAGUUGUUGCUGGUUUAGUUGUUGUUUUAGGUUUUGCUGUUGUUGCUGGAGGCUUCACAUUAAUUUCAAUAUGUAUAGUGCCAGAACCAGUAUUAGUUCCAGUUUCUCCUUCGCCAUUUGUUACCUCUUCACCAGUUACUGCUUCUUCGCCAGUUUCUUCUUCACCAGUUCCUUCCUCGCCUGUCUCUUCUUCAACUGCUUCUUCCUCACCUGUCUCUUCUGCGCCGUUUUCUUCUUCGCCGCUUUCUUCUUCGCCGGUUUCUUCUUCGCCGGUUUCUUCUUCGCCG